CCGUAUCGUAAACCUUACCAACCCUGACCCCGAGUGACCGGGAAACAGAGACAGCCAGUGUGUAUAAUAACAAAGGCUGCCUGAUUGGCUGAAUAAUGACAAACACAAACCGGAAUCAGAUGACGGAGAGGAUCCUGGAUCUGACCCUGGAGGUCAACUACCUGCUGACUGGAGAGAAUUACAUUGCUGUGAAGAGUCCUGGAGAGCCCGCUGUGCAGAACCAUGGUUUCAGUGUGUCAGACAGACCCAGCAAGUCCCAGAGCCCCAGCAUGGUGCCUUCACCUCAUUCUCUGAUACAUGAGAAAAACAAUGACCUGAAGAUCCUAGUAAUGGCCAAUAAGAUCAUCCACCUGCUGACUGGAAAGGUGUGGGAGUAUUUAGAAGGACACAAGGAAACCUAUAAUGAUGCCCUGCUGGAGACUCACCAGACUCUCAGCUCAUUGGCUGAUUCAAUGAACACACCUGAAGCUGAAGGGUUUAACAUCCGGAGUACCAAAGAAGAUGAACAAACAAUUAAUCAAGAAAUAAAAUGCGUUAGAAUAAAUAAAAGGGGACGAAAGCGGAAACCUUUGAGAUAUGAGAGAACUUUAUUUGAAGAAAUAGACUUAACACAUGCUGGCGUUGAUCAAAACUUUCUCCAAACUGAGUAUAACUCUACUCCUAUUCAGAAGGAAUCCAUCUCCUCUAUACAAGAAAACCACAGAGGCAUUUAUUUACCCCCAGAAAAUACACAGACAGAAUGUCAUUCUACUCAUAUUGCCGCGUGUGAAGAAAGUACUGAGCUUGGUGUCCCCACAGAAUACAUGUCUGUUCAUAUUAAAGAGGAAUCACCCUCGUAUGAAGAAGACUUUUUCACAGGUAGUGACAUUUAUACACCAACACGACCUACACAGUUAGAAUAUCCACCUACUCAUAUCAAGGAUGAACCAGUUUUUUGUAACAGUGAAAAUCUGUUAGACACUGACAUUUAUACACCUCCAGAAUAUGCCUCUACGUUUAAGGAGAAAUCGACCACGAAUGAGGAGAGAAAUGUCUCCGACCCAUCCGUUUCAACCCCCAUCUGUAAAUUUGAGAGACAACAGAAAUGGAAUAGUAACACACAGCUGGGAGAAAGCAUGGAAAUAUUAAAUCAAAGAAAACACACAGUAGACCAGCUGUAUAACAGUUUUGAGAUAAGUAAGGCUUCUGAUACCCAUUCCGAUGUUGAUAAAGAUCAGAAAGCCCAUGAUGGAAACAAAGUAACAUGUUCUGAAUGUGGGACAUUUUUUGCCAGUAAGGUACAUUUCUUUGGACAUCAAUGUUUAUAUCUGAAAUCACGGUUUACCAGAAGGAACAGGAUUUGCCAAGGAGCGAAUUCGCUUUCUUGCUCAUGUGGUAAAUGUUUAAAGACAAAAUAUUUUUUUAGACCUCAGAAUGUGCAUGCUGGUGAAAAGCCAUUUUCUUGUUCCGAAUGUGGGAAAUGUUUUAAACUGAAGGCAACUCUUAAAUCUCACGAGAGAAUUCACACUGGAGAAAAGCCAUUUUCUUGUGCAGAGUGUGGGAAAUGUUUCAGCCAGAGAUCCGGUCGUAAUACACAUCUGAAGAUUCAUACAGGAGAGAAACCUUUCUCCUGCUCUGUAUGUGGGAAAUCGUUUAGGCACAAGGCCUAUCUUAUUACACAUGAGAGGAUUCAUACAGGAGAGAAGCCAUUUUCUUGUUUUGAAUGUGGGAAAUGUUUUAUAGAAAAACCAAGACUUCUUGCACACCAAAGGAUUCACACAGGAGAAAAACCAUUUGUUUGUUCUGAAUGUGGGAGAUCUUUUACAAAUUAUUCAAAUCUCCUCGCACAUAAAAAGAUUCACAAAGGGGAAAAACCAUAUUCUUGUUCUGAAUGUGGGAAAUGUUUUAGUAAGAGGGAAUACCUUACCUCUCACCAAAUGCAAGGCUGUUCAAGUACAUCUGAUAUAAAUUUCUAAAGCCCAAGGAAAGGGCCAUGCAGAGUAUCCUGGGAAGACCGCAAAGGGAUGUAUGUUUGCAAUACCACCAAUGCUUUCACCAACACAGUAAACUCUUUAGUAAGGUUUUUCUUGGAAAUGUCAUGAACUGAAAGAUAUCGGUUCCUAUUUUAGGAACAUAUAACCCACUUCAAAUACCGAUUACUUGAGCAGGUAUUCUUACCCAUGCAGAAGGGAAUAUUGGCAGCUACACAAAAUUCCUGCACACAAACAUCCCACAAUAAUCGCUAAAAGUAUUCUAACAAAAGCUGACUAAACUUGUUCUCGAAAUGCCUAGACCACAAAUGAUUAUUGAUGCAGUCGCUCUAGUUUAGUGAACUGCCACUAUUCUAUACACAAAUUUGUAAGAUGUUCCCACCAUAGCAGAUGAAUAGCAAUUCAAUAUAAUCACCUCGUGGUUUCAUUGCCCAAAGCAGAAUUGUACCAUUGUACAUUUUUCUUUAGGGAAACACUGUCACCAGUUGGGGACUGUGCCAAAUUUGCAAAGUCCCCUGAUGGUGACAUCACCGUUGUGGGUCCGGUGUCUGAACGGGCAGGUUAAGUUCCAUCACGGGCACUGUUAUCUUAAUACGGGGGUCCUCUUUAGAGCCGGUCACUGCUGUACUCUUGCACAUACAUGAGAGUACAUAAUUUAAGCCUAAUGGCGGAUCAUACGAGAUAGCGGGAUCUUCCAUAGACAGUCAAUUCCCUGUAAAUGUAUAGCAUU